UCUCAGCUCCCAGUUAGCACAAAGGGAAAUAAACAUGGCAACAGACUGGAAUGUCUGGCAGGGAUAUACACUAACUUUAAUAGCUUUCAUAUGGUGGAUGGCAGGCACAGGAGCCGAGACGGGGGUCCCGGAGACUGCUAGUCCCACCCGGAUCUUCGGCAUGCGGCUGGAGAGGAGUGACAAGCCAGCCACGACCACCAAUGACGGGGUGAUUCAGGUAACAGAAGAGAGCAACAUCUUCCUGAGGUUCUACGGGCUACAGAUUCUUCCUGACACCUCAUCACAGAUCAGAUUCACCGACCAUGAACAUGAGGAAAGUGAUGUUACCAGCAACAAUACUCCUUUUAACAGGACUUGUGCAGACUAUAGCAAAGAUAUCGUUAUCAGGGGUGGCAUGAAUGUGAGCCACCUCCGAACCUGGGGGGUUCUGAGUUUGAAAAUCAAGCCUCUCCGGAAGAGCGAACUCCAGAAGGAGUAUGGGCUGUGUGUCCAGGAAAGCCAGGAUGGCAAGUGGUACCUGUUGGGUAAGGAUGACGGGAGGCUGCGGGUGGUGGAGGAGAAGAAGUCCAUGCUUCCUAUGUGGUUCCAGUGCAUCCUCAUCUGCUGCCUGCUGGUACUGUCAGGUAUGUUCAGCGGGCUCAACCUGGGACUCAUGGCCCUGGAUCCUAUGGAGCUUCGGAUAGUCCAGAGCUGCGGUACCGAGAAGGAGAAGAGGUACGCCAGCAAGAUUGAUCCCAUUCGGAGGAAAGGGAACUAUCUGCUAUGCUCGUUGCUCCUGGGUAAUGUGCUUGUCAACACAACUCUCACUAUCCUUCUGGAUGACUUGAUAGGGUCAGGCCUGGGUGCUGUGGUCGCCUCCACUAUAAGUAUUGUCAUAUUUGGGGAGAUUGUGCCCCAGGCUCUGUGCUCUCGCCACGGGUUGGCUGUAGGAGCCAACACUAUCAUGGUGACCAAGUUCUUCAUGUUGGUCACCUUCCCCCUGUCAUGGCCUAUCAGUAAACUCCUGGACUGUGUCCUGGGCCAGGAGAUUGGUACUGUGUACAACCGGGAGAAGCUAGUGGAGAUGUUGAGGGUGACAGAACCAUACAAUGACCUGGUCAAAGAGGAGCUAAACAUGAUCCAAGGUGCGCUCGAGCUCAGGACCAAAACCGUUCAAGAUGUCAUGACACCGAUCAGUAACUCCUUCAUGAUCCACAGCGACGCUGUGCUAGACUUCAACACCAUGUCAGAGAUCAUGGAGAGCGGGUACACACGCAUACCGGUGUUCGAGCAUGAGCGGUCGAACAUUGUGGAUAUCAUGUUUGUCAAGGACCUGGCUUUCGUUGACCCGGAUGACUGUACGACGCUGAAGACUAUCACCAAGUUCUACAACCACACGGUCCACUUCGUGUUCCAUGACACCAAGCUGGAUUCCAUGUUGGAGGAGUUCAAGAAAGGUAAGUCCCACCUGGCCAUUGUUCAGAAGGUGAAUGACGAGGGGGAGGGGGAUCCAUUCUACGAGGUGCUGGGAUUGGUCACCCUGGAAGACGUCAUCGAGGAGAUCAUCAAAUCAGAGAUCUUGGAUGAGUCUGACCUCUACACUGACAACAGCAGAAACAGGAAAAAGGUGGCACCCAAUAAGAACAAGAGGAACUUCUCUGCCUUCAAACAGAGCGAGAGCGAAUCCAAAGUCAAGAUCUCCCCUCAACUGCUAUUGGCCGCUCACCGCUUCCUGACUACAGAGGUGACGUUGUUCAGCCCGUCCCAGAUCUCAGACAAGGUUCUGUUGAGGAUUCUAAGACACCCAGACGUGAUCCAGGAGAUCAAGUUUCAUGACAGUGACAAACGCUGUCCUCAACGCUAUGUCUACCAGAGAGGGAAGGCAGUUGACUACUUCAUACUCAUAUUGCAGGGGCGAGUGGAAGUGGAGGCCGGGAACGAAAACAUGAAGUUUGAGUCAGGACCAUUCUCCUUCUACGGUGUCAUGGCCCUCAGUGCUCCCACGUUAGGGUUCUGCUGUCCGUCACACAUCAGUGGUUUGAACAGGACAGCAUCUCUGAGCGCUGAAGAUAGUACAACGUCUCUGUCUGUCAGCGGCAGCAAUAGCCAGCUCAUUACUCAGUUCUCUAUCCCCUCACCAACAUACACCCCCGACUUUUACGUACGAGCUCUCACAGACCUGCAGUUUGUCAAGAUCUCGCAGGCCCAGUACCAGAACGGUGUGAUGUCGUCUCGUCAGGACUCCAUCCCCCAGUCACCUGACUUCGGCCAGCCUCGACUGGAGGGUACCACGUCCCCCGUUUUGACCACCACUCCCGGCAAACUAUCUUCCGACACGCCCAACCCAACUUCCACCCCGGAGACCACCUCCCUUCUGGCCGACGAGACCACCUCCCUCCUCAAUGAGCAGGACUGUCUGCCUCACAACCUGUCAGAGACCAGCAUAUAACACACACAUACAGACAAUAGUACACAUACCUAUAUAUGUGCGUAUACACACAACCAAGGACUGAGGAGACCGUGUGUGGGCGCGAACAUCCACACACACACACACCCUGAUGUUGAACAGCAUGAGAGAUACAGGUGUAGAUCCUGAGUUAAAUAAGCAAUUAAAAUCCCAUCAAGCUUAGGGUCAUGUAUAAAAAUGCUGGGCAGGCCAUUAUUUUGGCUACCAUGGCUAUGCCCCCAUAGGGCGACAAUCCCCCAUCCACAGGGCACGAGUUGUCACUGAAUUAUUUGCUUCGCAUAUGCCAUGGCCUUCUCAGUCACCAGGUCUCAACCCAAUUGAACACUUUUGGGAAGUUCUGGAGCGAUCCCUGAGACUGCGUUUUCCACCACCAUCAAUGCUAAAUGAUGGGAUUUCUUGUAGAAGAAUGGUCUCACAUCCCACCAACAGAGUUCCAGACACUUGUAGAAUCUAAGCGGUUCUGGCUCGUGGUGGCCAAAUGACCUAUUAAGCCACUUUGUUGGGAUUUCCUUUAUUUUGGCAGUUACGUUUAUGUACAUGUGCAAAAACACACAGACAUACACACAUCCUAACUGGAAAAAAUUAUAGUUGUUUCAACUAAUUAUAAUUAAGAAACUCGUUCCACACUUUUUUUAGUUUACUCAACUAUUUGAUCAAAGUGUUACCUGAACUUACAAUUUUUAGUUGAACCAAUCUUGGCUUCAACUUGAGAACUUUCAGUCAACUUAAAAUUUUUGUGGAACUAGUUACACACAGACAGUGCUUUUGACAUUCAAUCAUUUCAACGUACAUGUUUAACACAAAGUACAUGAUCAUUUAUACAGUAAUUAUUAUUCAAUUAUUCAAACCUGGGAUUUGAACUCACAACCGGUUGGUUCAAAGCAUACUGAGCUUCCUGCUGCACCACCAUGUCUGUGUCAAUGACUGAUUUUUUAUUGCUACACUUUGCACUUCAAAGUAAAUAUCAGAUCUGUCAAAAGAAUAGUUGGAUUAACUGAGAAUUUAUACAGACAUAGUGGCAUAGCAGGACGAUUGGCAUGCUGUGAACCAAAAUAUAUGUUGCAUAAUCACUGUAUAAAUGACCAUGCAAAGUAAUAAUGUACACUGAGUGUACAAACAUUAGCAACACCUUCCUAAUAUUGACUUGCACCCCCUUUGGACCUCAGAAAAGCCUCAAUUUGUCAGGGCAUGGACUCUACAAGGUGUUUGUAUUUGUAUUCAUUAUGAUCCACAUUAGCUGAUGCCAAGGAAAAAUGAAGACAGUUAUAUAAUUUUGUAUAAAAAUACAUUCAUUACAGAAUUCACAACAUACUAAGUGUGUGCCCUCUGGCCCACACUCCACUGUCAUAUCUACAACGCAAAAUCCAUGUGUACGUCUUUGUAUAGUGCGUAUGUUAUCAUGUGUUUGUAUGCAUGUAUCUGUGCCUAUGUUUGUGUUACUUCAUAGUCCCCGCUGUUCCAUAAGGUGUAUAUUUACCUGCUUUUUAAAUCUGAUUCUACUGCUUGCAUCAGUUACCUGAUGUGGAAUAGAGUUCCAUGUAGUACUGUGCGCCUCCUAUAGUCUGUUCUGGACUUGGGGACUGUGAAGAGACCUCUGGUGGCAUGUCUUGUGGAGUAUGCAUGUGUGUCCGAGCUGUGUGCUAGUAUUUUAAACAGAUAGCUCGGUACCUUCAGCUUGUCAACACCUCCUACAAAAACAAGUAAUGAGGAAGUCAGUCUCUCUUCCACUUUGAGCUGUGAGAGAUUGACAUGCAUGUCAUUAAUGUUAGCUCUCUGUACACUUUUAAGGGCCAGUCAUGCCGCCCUGUUCUGAGCCAACUGAAAUUUUCCUGAGUCCCUCUUUGUGGCACCUGACCACACGACUGAACAGUAGUCCAGGUGUGACAAAACCAGGGCCUGUAGGACCUGCCUUGUUGAUAGUGUUGUUGAGAAGGCAGAGCAGUGCUUUAUCAUGGACAGACUUCUCCCCAUUUUAGCUACUGUUGUAUCAAUAUGUUUUGACCAUGACAGUUUUACAAUCCAGGGUAACUCCAAGCAGUUUAGUCACCUCAACUUGUUCAAUUUCCACAUGAUUCAUUAAGAGAUCUAGUUGAGGUUAAAGGUUUAGUGAAUGAUUUGUCCGAAAUACAAUGCUUUUCGUUUAGGAAAUAUUUAGGACUAACGUAUUCCUUGCUAGCCAUGCUGAAACUGCAGCUUUUUGUUAAGUGUUUCAGUCUUUUCAGUUGCUGUAGUAGCUGAUGUAUUUCGUGUUGAGUCAUCCGCAUACAUAGACACACUGGCCUUACUCAAAGCCAGUGGCAUGUCGUUAGUAAAGAUUGAAAAAAGCAAUUGGCCUAAACAGCUACCCUGGGAAAUCCUGCUUCUACCUGGAUUAUGUUUGAGAGGCUUCCAUUAAAGAACACCUUCUGUGUUCUGUUAGACAAGUAACUCUUUAUCCACAUAUUAGUAGGGUGUGUAAUGCCCUAACACAAGUUUGUCCAGCGUCAGACUAUGAUCGAUAAUGUCAAAACCUGCACUGAAGUCUAACAAGAAAGCCCACACAAUCAUCAAUUUCUCUCAGCUAAUCAUCAGUAAUUUCUUUAAUUGCCGUGCUUGUUGAGUGUCCUUCCCUAUUUGCAUGCUAAAAGUCUGUUGUCAGUUUGUUUAAUGUAAAAUAGCAUUGUAUCUGAUCAAACACUAUUUUUUCCAGAAGUUUACUAAGGGUUGGUUACUAAGGGUACGUGACCCGAUUCAGGAAACUAGGCAUAUGUCGCAAGUCACGACUUCACAGGAGAGCCGUUUGAACGUAAAAAUAUUAUACAUUUCUAAAUUUGACAGAAAGUGGUUUUAAUUCAAGCUAAAGUGUACUGUUAGCUAGCUAGCUGACGUUAGCUGGCUGGCUCCCUAGCUGACGUCAUUAUUUGUUUCCCAGAGCGUUUGCUUUUCUAUUUCUAGCUAACAUUGGACCUGGUUGGUUAGUUCCCAGCACUGUGGCUAGGCUGGUCAAUAGAAGAGUCCAAAUUCACCCAAGGCUGGAAAAUGGCAAAAGAACGUUAGUUAAGCUGGAACACUAGUGCAAGCCCAAUUUAUCCCUUUUUAUUUGACCAUGUCAAUCUGUUCUUAGGACGAAACUGAAAAAUAACUUGUGUAGAAAGUAAACAUCCGAACCUCGAUGGUGCCAAGUGUGCUUAUGUCUGCAUAAUUAGGAAGUAGGAACAAAAUGGCAACUUCUGACUAUUUCUGUUCUAGCGUUUGAUGGCAACGGAUUACGUGUCAGACUUGAAAAAAAUCGGAAUAUACACAUUGCGAGAAAUUUGGCGAAAUAUACCAGCGUGCAUCUCCAUAGGAAAACAAUGGGGGGAGCUCAGAAUUCCAAGGGCGAAAGGUAUUUCGUGGCCUCUGAUGACAACAGAAUGUCAUGUGUCCAGCCUACUGAGGCAUUGUUGCCACUUUGCUUAUUGUUGUUUAGCUAGCUAACGUUAGCUGGCUGGCUCUUUAGCUAACGUUAUGUGACAUGUGUGAUCGUAAACGUUGUUUACCUAGCUAGGUUCAUUGUUUACCUAGAUAGCUAGCUAUGUCUUAAGCUAAAGUAUACUGUUAGCUGGCUGGCUCCCUAGCGGACAUUAUUAUUCAUUCCCCAGAGCUGUUUGCUUUUCUAGUUAGAGCCUAAAUGUUAGGCAGUGUUGGCACUUUGUUCAUUGUUGUUUUAACAAGCUAACAUUACUUGAUGUGUGUACAUCCCCCCCCUGAAUAUGGCCGGUAUCAGUAAACGUCUGCAAAAAAGCGUAAUGAAAUUGUUGCCAGCAGAGCAGGUUAGUCUGUUUUUCAUGUUAUCCAGAGGUAAAACAAAUCAUCGGCCAGAUCGUGAAGUCUGCGCUCUGAGAGCGAAACGAGAUGGGUGGGGCCUAAAGCUUAAGUGUGAACUAUGCUGAAUGGGUGUCGACAAAGAGCUCUUCACUAGAUACCAAAACAUUCAAAGGCGAUUUUCUCAAAAGCAGAAUUACUUUCCCAUUGUUCCUCAAAUGCAGUGUAUGAUAUACCAUUUUGUGGCUCUGAGUCUCUACUUUUAUCCAAUGUAAAAAACACAAUUUCACAUUUCGCUACAUAAGGCCAAAUCCAGGUGGUGAGUCCGAUAUUAUCCUCAGUAAUUUUCCAUCCAGAUUGUCAGACGCCAGUGGCUUGUCAUUGUUGAUAGACAACAAUUUUUUCACCUCUUCCACACUGACUUUACGGAAUUCAAAAGUACAAUUCUUGUCUUUCAUAAUUUGGUCAGAUAUACUUGGAUGUGUAGUGUCAGCGUUUGUUGCUGGCAUAUCAUCCCUAAGUUUGUUUAUCUUGCCAAUGAAAAAGUCAAAGUAGUUGGCAAUAUCAGUGUGUUUUGUGAUAAAUUAGCUUUCUGAUUCAAUGAAUGAUGGCGCCGAGUUGGCUUGUCCACCCAAAAUGUAAUUUAAGGUGCUCCAGAGCUUUUUACUAUCAUUAUUUAUAUAAUUUGUUUCAUAGUAGUAGUUUAUUUUUAUUUAGCUUAAUCACGUGAUUUCUUAAUUUGCAGUACGUUUGCCAAUCAGUUGGGCUGCCAGACUUAUUUGCCAUACCUUUUGCCUCAUCCCUCUCAACCAUACCAUUUUUUUGAAACUGUUCCACAAGGAUGCUAGCCCAUGUUGAAAGGCAAUUCAAGCUUUUGUCUUACCCAUUCACCCUCUAAAUGGCAUGCAUACACAAUCCAUGUCUCAAGGCUUAAAAAUCCUCCCUUAACCUUUCUCUUCCCCUUCAUAUACACUGAUUGAUGUGGAUUUAACAGGUGACAUCGAUAAGGGAUCAUAGCUUUCACCUGGAUUCACCUGGUCAGUCUGUCAUGGAAAGAGCAGGUGUUCCUAAUGUUUUGUACACUCAGUGUAGAGUCCAGUUUUGGUUCCAGGAUCAAUGUUAACACUUGUUAUUUUAAAGGAGGUGAGUGUUAGCCUACCAGUCCAGCGCAAAGAUAUUACAGAGAAUAUAUCCAUUUGGUGACUGUGUUAUUUUUGGAAUCUGCAGUUAUACUGUGUUUGAUUUACAAAACUUUGAUAAAUUGAGAGGAAAUAUAAAGUGAUUAUUUAGUAAAACAAUGUUGUACAUUUGGACCACUACUAUAGAUUUGGUACAUUGUUAAUGUUUUGUGCACUCAGCGCAUGUCAACCUGUGUCAAAUAUCUAUGUUAAAAACGUUGUAUGAGGAUCCGCCCCUUUUUUCCAAUUUUCGCCUAAAAUGACAUACCCAAAUGACAUAUCCUUGCUUCAGCUCAGGCCCUGAAGCAAGGAUAUGCAUAUUCUUGGUACCAAUUGAAAGGAAACACUUUAAAGUUUGUUAAAAUGUGAAUUGAAUGUAGGAGAAUGGACCUGGUAAAAGAUAAUACAAAGAAAAAACUAUUUAUACAAUUUUUGAAAUGCAAGAGAAUGGCCCUAGUGUAUUAUUCCAGCCCAGGUGCAAAUUAGAUUCUGGCCACUAGAUGGCAACAGUGUAUGUGCAACGUUUUAGACAAAUGCAAUGGUUCAUUGGAUCAAUGUUCACAUUUUUGUAUCAAGACUGAAUAAAUGUGCCUAAUUUGUUUAUUAAUAACUUUUCAUGUUACAAAUGGUGCACUCUA